GCAAUUUGCAAUAUGGCGUCUUAUCAAUGUAUGUUUGUGAUUGGUACGUGAAGAACGUGAUUAUAUUAUUGUGUAAUAGUAGCGAGAAAUUACCGAAUCAUGAAUUUAAGUUCUGUAUAAAAAUGUGCGUAAAGAAAUGGGCAAUAUUUUGCUUUGAAGUGUGUUUACAUAAAUAUUGAAAAAUGGAAAUGUCUUGUUUUUUGCGGUGUUUUGAAAAUCGGAGUGAAACAACUGUUGACCGUCGCCAAAAGCAGUGAUAAUGUCUUUUCUCAUCAAAAAAUACAGCUUGUCUUAUGCAGUUUAUUAAAGAAUUUCUAUUAUGUAAAAAAACAUAAGUUAGUGUGAAUUGCAUUUAAUUUUUCCCUGCAAGAACUGCUUUUGUUAUCGAAUGUGAGUUGUGGAUGAACUGCGAGAAAUGUGGAAAUAAGACAAGAAUGCAGGUUUAUUAAACCUGUUUUUUGUCUUUUAAACGAUAUGGCAGACACUAGACGUCGUGUAAAAUUGUAUGCUUUGAAUGCUGAACGUCAAUGGGAUGAUAGAGGAACUGGACAUGUUUCAUCUUCUUAUAUAGAUAGGCUUAAAGGCAUGUCAUUGCUUGUUCGUGCUGAAUCUGAUGGUUCUGUUCUACUUGAAUCCAAGAUACUGCCUGAUACAGCAUAUCAAAAGCAACAAGAAACAUUAAUAGUGUGGUCAGAAGGUGACAAUUUCGACUUGGCUUUAAGUUUCCAAGAAAAAGCUGGUUGUGAUGAAAUUUGGGAGAAGAUUUGUCAAGUAAGUUCACGCAGUAUUCUAAAUGUGCAAGGAAAAGAUCCUUCUGUUGAUAUAACACAAGACUUGGUAGAAGAAUCUGAAGACGAGCGUUUUGAAGACGUUUCCGAUUCCGCCCCUCCGAUAGAACUUCCACCGUGUGAACUUGGCAGGCUAGAAGAAGUAAACGAAACUAUAAGUAGUUGUUUGCCCUCUCCUGCUCGGCGGGAAAAAUUAGCAAUGAUUUUAGAAUCGGAAAAUUACAUAAAAAAACUUCUUAGAAUUUUUCAUGUGUGUGAAGACUUAGAAAAUAUAGAAGGACUACAUCAAUUAUUUGAAAUUUUUAAAAAUAUUUUUAUGCUAAACAAAAAUGCUUUGUUUGAAGUCAUGUUUGCUGAUGACACGAUAUUUGACGUUGUUGGUGUGCUCGAAUACGAUCCAUCAUCACCAGAGCCGAAAAGGCACAGGGAUUUUUUACGGAAUGCUUCACAUUUCAAAGAAGUCAUACCCAUCUCUAACCAAGAACUAAUAGCUAAAAUUCAUCAAACAUAUCGCGUCCAGUAUAUCCAAGAUGUUGUUCUUCCUACUCCUUCAGUUUUUGAAGAAAAUAUGUUGUCUACAUUAAGUUCAUUCAUUUUCUUCAACAAGGUUGAAAUAGUGUCCAUGAUACAGGAAGAUUCAAAAUUUCUAUCUGAAUUAUUUGCUCAGUUAACUGAUGAGUCGACAGAAGAUCAGAAAAGAAAAGAACUUAUUUUAUUUUUGAAGGAAUAUUGUAUGUUUUCUCAGACGCUACAACCACAAAGUCGGGAGUCUUUUUUUAAGACGCUAUCUUCUCUUGGUGUUUUGCAAGCUUUAGAGAUAACUUUAAGCAUGGAUGAUUCAGCCAUUAAAGCAGCCUCCACUGAUAUUUUAUCUUAUAUUGUUGAUUUCAAUCCGUCCAUGGUUCGUGAAUAUGCAUUACAGCAAGUGAACAAACAAGAUGAUGAUCAAUUACUGGUGAAUAUUAUUAUUGAACAGAUGAUCUGUGAUCCUGACCCAGAAAUGGGAGGAGCUGUUCAUUUGUCUGGUAUAAUAAAAAUUUUGUUGGAUCCUGAAAACAUGCUGGCAACUGUAAAUAAAUCAGAUUUCCUGAAUUUCUUUUACAAGCACUGUAUGCAUGUAUUAAUUGCUCCAAUGCUUGCAAACACAACAGAAGAUAAACCCAGUAAAGAAGACAGCCAAACUGCUCAGCUAAUGAGUCUCAUUUUAGAAUUAUUAUCAUUUUGUGUCGAGCACCAUACAUACCAUGUGAAAAAUUAUAUUUUACAAAAAGAUUUAUUACGAAGGAUACUAGUUUUAAUGAAGUCAAAGCAUACAUUCCUAAUAUUAUGUGCUCUCAGGUUUAUGCGAAAAAUUAUUGGACUCAAAGAUGAAUUUUACAAUAGAUAUAUAACUGGUGGCAAUUUGUUCCAGCCUGUUGUUGAGGCAUUUAAAAGAAAUAAUGGCAGAUACAAUUUAUUAGACUCAGCUAUUGUUGAAAUGUUUGAAUUUAUUAAAGUGGAGGAUGUUAAGACAUUGUGUGGUCAUGUUGUUGAACGUUAUGGAAAAGUAUUAGAUAAAGUAGAUUAUGUUCAAACAUUCAGAUCUUUAAGGUUACGUUAUGAACAGCAUUUGGAUCGCAAAGAUCGCUCUUCUGUUGAUAAUGUCUCGUUGAUAAUGAGAAAUAGUAGGUAUCGCCGUGACCCUAGGCAGAUUGAUGAAGAUGAAGAAAUGUGGUUUAAUGACGAUGAUGAAAUAGAUGAUGAAGAACCUGUAAAUGAACAUAAAGAUUUAGAUGACGAAUUUGAUCAAAUAGGAAUUGGGAAGAUUCUAGAAAAACGAGCACGAGAGGCAGAAGGCAAAGAAAAUGUCAAGACAGUUCCAUUGCGGUCAUUUUCUCCUGUUUUAAAUAGUCGGAGAACUAACAGUCCAUCAAAUGUUACAACACCCUUAAGUCCAACUGUGGAAGUAAAAUCUCCGCAACUAACACGAAAGGGCGGACUGGUUGAUUAUCCUGAUGAGGAUUCAGAGGAAGAGGAAGACGAAGAAGAGGAUGCCAACAGUGUACCUCCAUCUAAGCGCCCAAGAGUUUCAUCAUAGCAUUAAUUUUUUUUUUUAAUUUCAUUCACGAGCAUUGUACUAUUUGGUGUUCAGAAAAGUUGUUCCGUUUUUAUCACCUCUGUACUGAUUCACCAAAUACUAAUUCCAGCAAGUUUUGCUGCUGUCGCAUCAUUGUCAACUGCCAUCUUGUGCCUGUCAGUCUACUGACACCUCUCUUUGGCCAACUGAGAAGCGAACGGCUUCAAACAUUGUGUUGUGGUUCCCCAGCUCUGGCAUUUUAUUUCAAACGACUGAAAUGCAAUUUAUUUUCUUUCUUAUGUUUUUGAAGUUGAAAAUUGGGGGGGGGGGGGAUAUAGUAAGUUGUUCCUAAUUUUAAUUACCUUCUUGAAAGCUUUUGGUUGAAAUGUUUCAAAUGGGGCGUGAAUGAACCCAAAAAGUUAUCUUUGACAAAAGUUUUAAAGCAUGCAAUAUGAAUGUAUUUAUUUUAGAUGUGGUGAGAAGUCUUACUUAUUGUACAAUUUUUUCAGAUUCUGUAUUUAUGUAAGUAAGGAAGAAAUAGUUCUGUUAAGUUUUAUGAGAAGUUAUUUAAUUUCAUGUGUAUAUGACUUGACAGUGCAAUGAUGGAAUAGUUGUGUAAAAAGUAAUUUCAUUACUUAACCAAUACAAGAAUGCAAUAAAAAAAGGAAUAAUGCGUAACUUAAUCCAAUUUGUGUGAAAUACGUAAAAUAAUGCUCUUAAUUUGCCAUCUCAGUUUGAGUGUAAGCAAAAACCUACCUCCUGAAAAGCUGGCUUGUAAAAAAUAUACAAAAGAUUUGACCUGAAAUAUUUUUGUAUACAAUAAAAGAGAGACCCAUUAUGCUACAACUAACUGACCUUUCUGUUGUUUCAAUAUGUUAAUUUAUCAGUUUUCAUGUAGCUUUAUAAAGUUACUUUUGUGUUCUUUUUUGUUGAAGCUGAUUUUCAGCUGUAAUUUUUCUCAUUGUAUGAGAAUGUACAAAAAAUCAUCAAUAGUCGAAUACAUUUGUAAAUUGAAUGCAGUGUUCAUAGUUGUUACAACUUUAGUGAUUCAUCUGAGAGAGUGAGAGAGAAACAUAUGAUCAUAUGUACAUAGAUUUACGUACGUGUUUUUAUUAUGCAAAUACAGAACAGUCUUAAAACAUCGCUGUUGAGACGGUGAGUGCCAUGCAUAUAAAAAUGCAUGUUGUAAAUGUUUGUUCUUCCAUGUCUUGUGUUGAUAAUUUUAUAAAAUCAAACACGAAAUAUGUUUUAUUAAGAUUAUGAUUUCAUGUUUUUACAAUUCCAGUAUUUGGAAUUCAAAAUAACGACAAUCAUAAUUUCCCAAAAAAAAAAGGCAAUUUUGAUGUAAACUUCUUUUUCCAAAAUUGUUUUCGCUGUAAAUGUUGUAUUUAAAAAUGUUUGAUUUGAAAGAAAAUCAAAAAUAUUUAAUUAUCUAGGGGUAAUUUUGUGUACCCCGAACAGAAAAGCUAGAAAAGUAACAAUUUAAUAUUUUUUCACAAAUUUUUAUUUAUUUAUUAAACAUAUGAUGAAACAAAAACUUGGGGGGAAAAAUAGUUAUCAUAAAAUAUACCGUGGAAUAUUUUAAAAUUUCAUCAACAUAAUUCCAAAUUGAAGUAUAUUCCAUGAUAGCUUUUAACAUUCAAAAACAUGGUUACAAAAUAACUAAUUGAACAUCAUUGUAAAUUUUUGAUGCAAAAUGUCCUGUAAAUAUGUUUUUCUAUGACCAGAAAUAUUGUAAAUUAUUAUAAAAAUACAAGUCUUAAAAAAUAAACAUGUAUAAAGC